CGAUAUCACGUAUGUAUAGCAAGCAGCGAGACAAUGACUUGGAUCGACAAACUGAAGCCAUACAGAAGAAAAAGAUUGAAUAAAGAAAAUUUCUAUCUUUCAAAUAUUAUUAAAAUUUGGAAAAGAAACGCUAAACAAGUAUCCACGAUGUGUUUUGCUAGGAUAAUGCAAAUCAUAAAGCGAAUAUUCAAGUCAUCAUAUUUAUAUGUAGUUUUUGCUUUUAUUAUAUAUAUAUCAGUUUAUAUGAUAUUAGAAGUGAUCACAGAUAAAUAUACUCCAAUAAAUGAAAAAAACGAUGAAAACAAUAAUAAAUGGGUAUUAAAUUUGAAUUAUAAAAAAGGAGAAACAGUACCCACAAAAAGUUCUGAAAAUUUAAAUACUUUCCUUAUACGUAUGCCCAUAACUGGUAUAUUGCUGACAAUAACAUGUGUAGUUCUGUUAUUAAUGAUUUAUUAUUUAUGCAGAAAAUGUUAUAAGACUGUCUAUCCCACUGACUAUGAUAUCGAAGCUCAUGAUAUCGAAGAUCCUGAUAUCGAUAAUGCGGAUUUCGUUAGACGAAAUGUGCCAGUCCAUUUUCAAAAUAACAGAGUUGUGUUUCGAUUGGGGAGAGAACACUCCUUAGACGAAGAACGUUUUUAAUGUUUUACGCAAUUUACAUAACUAUGAUAUUAAUAUGGUCUUUUAACGGUAUAUGAUGCUCGACUCUGUACUUCAAACUCGCCAGACAACGCAUAUGUUGUUACGCAUAAUAAUACUAAGUAAUAAUAAGACUAAUUUUUAAUAAAUAUAUUUUUUAAUAAAUGUAGUAUGCAUGCAACGACAACAAGAAAAAUAUUGCAAACAUAAAUAAUUUUAACUUAAAGUGAAUUUUUAAAAAAUUCAUGUAUUAAAACAUUUGUAAAUUUUAAAAAUUUCAUAACAUUAGGAGAACUAAUUUAUUUUAUAUAGCUAUUUUUUAAGAAAAUAUUA